AUGAAUUUAGCAUUAUUAAAUGAAGAAAUAGAAAAAAUUGAAAGAAGUAUCAAAGAACCAUCUGAAAUAAUUGAAAUAUUUCGAAAUCAUCUUGAUAAAAUAUUGGAUAUUAUAAUAAAUAAGGAAACUUAAUAAGAAAUAAAAUUUUCAAGUUUGAAAGAAUUAUGUCAUUAUUUAAUAGUAAUGAGAGUAUCAUUGGAUGGUAUUUUAAAUGAUUCUUAUCAUACAAAGAGAGAAAUCUUUUAUAUGAAUCAAAAUAUAUUUUAAAAAUAAGAGAACUUAAAUUUAGUUAUAAAAUAAUUUUCGCAUAAUUUAUAGAUAUAAAGAAAAUAAUUACAUAUAAUCUCAGCUUCCAAAGGAUUAGUAUGUGGUUCUUUAAUACUUAGAAAAUAAGACAUUGAAUUAGACUUACUAUAAUUAACUUCAUAAGGAAAAGGAUUGAAUAUCACUGAAUUUAUGGAUGAAUGGUAACCUGAAAUUUAUGGUAAAUGGAUAUUGGUAGUAGAAAAAGAGACUGUUUAUUUUCAUUUAAUAAAUGAAAUGCAUUAAGAAUUCUUAUAAAAUACUGUUUUGAUUACAGGAAAAGGUUAUCCUUGUUAUGCCACUAAAUCUUUUAUUAAAUAUUUAUCAAUAAUGAAUCCAUAUAUCCCAGUAUAUUAUUUUGGAGAUAUGGAUCCUCAUGGAUAUGAUAUUUUAUAAUAAUAUGCUUUUGGGAAUUAAUAUUCUAGUCAUGAACUCAAUAAUAUACCUUGGAUUUAAUGGUUAAAUUCUUAUAUUCCUUAAGAUUAAUUAAAAAUCAAGAAAAAAAUUAAAUUAAAUUAGAGAGAAAUUUAACUUUUGGAACAAAUCAUAAACAACCCAAACAUACCUGAAUAGUGGAAACGAAUAAUGGAUAAUAAAGAGAAAUAUGAAAUUGAAGAUAUCCAAUUUCAAAACCUAUCUGAAUCCGUAUUAGAAAUAAUGUAAAGUUAAGAUUGA